UGCUGGUGCUGGGCUCCAUUAUGCCCUGUCUGCCCGAGUUCUCCUCUGUGACCCACACAGUGAAAUCCUCCUCACUCCUGUCGGCUGAAGUCUACACCGCCACUCAAAUUCGCUCUCGUACCCUCCUCUUCUACAACGAGGGCUCCCGGCUUGAGGAGAGCUAUGGAAAGUUCCUGAAGGUGGAGGAUGACAGCAACCUCUCGGAGGGCCAGCCGGACCAGGACACCCCAUCGGAACACGAAGCCGGAAAGUACCUGAGCCGGACCCAUGCAGAUUCCCAGGACUACAACCAGACUGGAGUGGAGCUCCCGCACGAGAAGGAACAGUAUCACAAGAGAGAGGGGAGUCCUGACGGUGGCGCAGAGUUCUUCUAACCCCCUGCGGAGCGGAACCGCCGCGCGUUUGCACAGUCUACCGCGGAACCCUGUUCCCGCCGGGCGUCCACGGCAACUCUCGCCACGGCAACCCCUCGUGUGCCCCGCCCCCCCAACUCCUACCUACAAGCCCCCUAACAAGGAGAUAGAGAACUGGAGAUGUAGUGAGACAGAGAGGUGAAGAGAUGGAAAAGCAGAAUGGGAGGAGGAGAAAUAUCCUUACGUGCUACUCCAAGCAAAACCCCAAAAUGUUAUUUUUUUAGUUUCUCCUUGCUGCUCAAAAGCCUGCUGAGGGCCGAGGUUGGGAGACGGGCCUGCUGAAUCUGUAACAACACCAGUGCCUGUCUGAGCUCCGAGUGGGUGCACGUGGGCGGGACUCCUCCACACUGAAGAGACGCCACUGACAGGGCCGGCCGCCACAAGCAGAGAACGCCCAAAAUACGGCGGGGGAACGACGGCGAUGAGGGAACUCCGGAUGAAGGGGAGGAGGACUCAUCCCCUUAUCUCCCAGAAACGAAUCUCGACCAGGUUUCUGCUUGUUCUCUGAGUGGCUGAAGAGCAGCCUGCCAGGCUUUUUCCCGCCUUCUCUGCUUUGAGCAGGCUCUGUUACAUGAACUCGCUCCUGCAGAGUGCUGUGGGAUCUUCAGAUGCGGCCGCUUACAGGCAGUAGGUCUGCGGUUAGAGACGGCAUUAAUGCAGUAAUUAUGCAGUUCAGUAAUGUUGCAGAGGUCAGGCCUGUUCUUUUCCACUUUCUCCAAUCAUGAAAUGGAAAGCUAUUGGAUUUAAUUACCCAAAAGACUGUUUUCAAUACAGUCUUAGUUGGAUUUAAUUACCUAAAAGACUGUUCUCAAUAUGGUCUUAGUUGGAUUUAAUUACCUAAAAGACUGUUCUCACUACGGUCUUAGUUGGAUUUAAUUGCAUACAGGACUGUUCUCAAUACAGUCUUAGUUGGAUUUAAAUACCUAAAAGACUGUUCUCAGUAUGGUCUUAGUUGAAUUUAAUUACCUAAAAGUGGUGCAUUUGUAAAUAAUACUGGUUCAUUAUGAGACUAUAAUGCAAAUUUUGAACAUCUGUUCCUUUGGAAUGUUUCAGGUUUUCAAUAGUUUGUGAUUUGGCAAAGGGCAAUCAAGAAAUAGAUUAUUAUUUUUUAAAUAAAGACCUUUUACUGACAAAAUAUUCACAUUGAAAUUAAUAGAAAAUUUUUAAGGACACAUCAAUUUAUUGUUUUGAAUAAUUUACUUCUUUUUUUUUCAAAACAAAGCCAGCCAUUGUGUCCUUGUGCGGGUUUUAACUUUUUCAUUGCGUUUUUCACAGGCGGAAAUGUAAAUACUCUCCAGAUAUGGCAGCAGAUAGAAAAAUAUGUAACUUAUAUUCUGAAAAUAAAAAAGUAAAAACAAAUGCAAAAACACACGCAUUGUGUGCACUGCAGGAACAUGUUUCCCUUUUUCUCCUUUUGAAAUGAGUUUCAAAGAUAGCUUGUGUGCUUGAUGCCAGAACCAUGACAGAAUAUCUGAGGCGGUCAGUUGUGUAUCUUGAGGCCAAUGCACUGGACUGCACAGAGUGAGUAAUAAUGGGAAGGUAGGUGUCUAAGUAGGCUCUUUCCAAACAGCGAGGGGGCGGGGGGUGCUCAGGGGUUUGGAUACGGACUUUGCCUCUGCUUUUUGUCUCUACUUGUCCUGGUGCUGUACUAGGGGUGUAAAAUGCACUGAUGCAGUGUGAUGCAUCGAUCUUAAGGUGGUGAUUCAACUGUAUUUGGAAUGAUAGAAUCCACUAUAAUUAUAAUAACAAUUUCAAGAAGGCAAUGUGCUCAUUUAUCUGGCAAAAAUAAAAUUCAUAAGCUUUAUAUGCAAGAAAGGGGUCCUGCUAACUGUCCUUUUAGCUAAUUGUUGGCUACAACUUUGCCACAGUAGGACUUAAUCACAUGUUGGCCUUUGGUAUUGAAGGUUUUUCUUAAAAUUGAAAUAUGGCACUACUUGAAAAUAAAUGUGCAGAGAACUUAACGUUUGGAGUCUUGACUUUAAUGUCUAUAUUCCACUAACACUGCAUAAAU